GGCUGGUAUCUCCGCUAUUGCUGUUCCCCGGGCCAUCAGGCAAUGGCGGCGGCAGACCCACGGGUCCUUCGCGACAUCCUACGACCACUGGGCCUUCAUACAAUUCGUGCGGCCCGGCUGCGGCGCUUCAGCGAGGAGUACUUGAGCAAGCAGUGGUCCUGCCCCAGCCAGCUGCACGGAGUGGGCAGCUACGCGGCGGAUGCCUACCACAUCUUUUGCCGCGGUCGCUGGCGGCAGGUGCAGCCGGCCGACAAGGACCUGCGCCGCUACUGCGAGUGGUUGGCAGCUACUGGUAGGUCCCUGGCGGCGGGGUGGCGCGGAGGGACUGAGUGGUGCGAGGGCUUGAACAUGCGGGCAACACAUGUGCUAUCCUGCUGUUUAGACUGGUAGACAGACCCUGUCCCUGAGUCGCUGCUCCUUGUACCAAAGCACGGGCGCUGUGUCGCUCUCUGCUGCCGUUCAAUGCUACACGUCAUGCAUACGUCGCAUGUACGACUGCUUUCUAACACUCUCCGGCAGAUGUUUCACCAUGUGCUAAGGUAUGACUGGGUCAGCUAGCUUUCCCGCCUGCCUGCCUGUCUUGUGUCGUACGUACUGCUGCGGGGGUGCAGGUGGCGAGGGCAGCGGUCUUGAGCGAGAGGACAUAACAGCCAUGCUGCAGUUCG